UCACAAUGAGCUGUCAUUGGUCUACCACUCUUCUCCCUCGGCCUCCCAGCCAAUCAGCGACCACCGUUCCUAACGUAGCUGCCAUUUGUCACAGGCUGUUGUGAAUCGGAGGCCAGCGGCCCCACAAUGCCAGGCGGGGGAGCCCCUCUCUCAGCUACACACCACAGCAUCACCGCCUCGCCUCACUGAAAAGGACACAGAGAGGAGAGAAAUGCAAAGGGAUGUAAGAUGGCAGAGCUACAAAUGCUAUUAGAGGAGGAGAUCCCUGCCGGUAAAAGAGCUCUCGUGGAAAGCUACCAGAACCUGUCCCGGGUCGCGGAAUACUGUGAGAACAAUUAUGUUCAGGCUCAAGACAAGAAGAAGGCCCUGGAGGAGACCAAGGCCUACACCACCCAGUCUCUGGCCAGCGUGGCCUACCAGAUCAAUGCCUUAGCUAACAAUGUGCUGCAGCUGCUGGACAUCCAGGCCUCGCAACUACGACGCAUGGAGUCCUCCAUCAACCACAUCUCCCAGACGGUGGAUAUUCAUAAGGAGAAGGUGGCACGUCGAGAGAUCGGCAUCCUGACCACAAAUAAGAACACCUCUCGCACCCACAAGAUCAUCGCCCCGGGUAACAUGGAGCGGCCGGUGCGCUACAUCAGAAAGCCCAUUGACUACACAUUGCUGGAUGAUGUGGGGCACGGCGUCAAAUGGCUUAAGGCCAAGCAACAUGGGAACAAUGCGGCAGGAAGAGGGGGGACGCUUUCCAGGACCACCCCACCCACACAGAAACCCCCAAGCCCCCCUAUGGCUGGUCGUGGUACCCUGGGACGUAACACUCCCUACAAGACUCUGGAGCCAGUGAAGCCUCCAGUGGUACCCAAUGACUACAUGACGAGCCCGGCCCGACUGAGCAACCAGCACAGCCCUGCACGCACAGCCUCUCUCAACCAGAGGCCCCGGACACACAGUGGCAGCAGUGGUGGAAGUGGCGGCAGGGAGAAUAGCGGAGGCAGUGGAGUUGGUAUUCCUUUAGCAGUUCCCACCCCGUCCCCUCCCAGUAUGGGGCAAGUGGCGACAUCCUCAGCCUCAGUGCCACAGGGCCCCGGCUUGGGUCCCAUACCCAUGUCCCAGUUCGGAACCAUCUCCCGCCAGAUCUCCCGUCACAACUCCUCCACCACCUCUUCAGCCUCUAUGGUGUCGGCCACUGGCACCUACCGCCGUGCACCCUCCGUCUCCUCCCAGCAGCCCCACAUCAACGGGGGUCCUGCCUACCCACAGAACUCAGUGUCUGUGGCUCCUCCGCCUCCUCCUCCAAUGGUCCAGCUGACCCCACAGAUCCCUCUGACCGGCUUUGUGGCCAGAAUGCAGGAGAGCAUAACAGACAGCCCCGCCCCGCCUCCUCCGCCUCCCCCAGAGGACAUGGGUGUGUUUGAGGAGCCCUCUCCCCCUCCUCCUCCUCCACCUGUGGACUAUGAGGAAGAGGAGGCCGCAGUGGUUCAUUACAGCGAUCCCUACGCUGACGGAGACCCCCACUGGGCCCCCAAGGUUUAUUUAGAGAAAGUUGUGGCCAUCUAUGACUACAGCAAGGACAAGGAGGAUGAGCUGUCCUUCAUGGAGGGAGCCAUCAUCUACAUAAUCAAGAAAAAUGAUGACGGCUGGUUCGAAGGUGUCUGUAACGGCGUCACCGGACUCUUCCCAGGAAACUACGUCGAGUCGAUCAUGCACUAUGCUGACUAAAAAAUUAAAAAAACACCCAGAAUGGCACUGCAGUUUUGAACAGAGGUAAAACCGUGAAGAUGUACAGAUGUGUGCGGUCCAGCAACUGCAGCUCAUACAGCCCCCAUUUUUAAUGAAGUGCCAUGGUGGAUUUACAAAUGGUUUUUCUUUUGGGGGGGCUUGUGCUUGCACGGUUUUGUUAUGCUCAAGAAAAAAAUAAAUAAAAAAAGAUAAAAGUGUCGCACAAAGAAGGAGGAUGCUGAAGCUUCAGACUGGGGUCUGUUAGUUUACACUGUGGACAAAAGGGAGGAGAUAAAGGCCUUUAUGCUGCCGCUGUUACAUCGUGGUGGUCAGGUAGCACUUUUCAAACUGUAACAGUCACAUUUUGCCUCACAAGAAAUUACAGAAUAAUUUCAAAGAAUGCCAAGUAAAUCUAGAUUUAGUGUUAAUUGGUGUAUGUGCAGCCAACAUGUACAGUAUUUACAGUAUGCAGUAGAUCCAGACAGUGAAGUAUUACUAGGAUUUCAUCAAUAGAUGAGGCAGUGUAUCAUUCUUUAGAUAAAAUGCUGUGCAGACGCUCCUACCCGUUUAUUUGCACUGUAGACCAGCAGACCAACCCUUCCCUCCUUUCAAAAACAUCCAUCUUACCUUAUACAAAAAAAAUUAAAAGGACAAACAGACAUCAACAAGUGCAUUAGGACACGACUGAAUGUUCAAUGCCGUUGAUGUCCGAAUCACAAGAUGUUAAAGGGGGAACAAAAGCAACCUUGAGUUGUGUAUUGACUAUGCUCUGUGUUGGUGGGGAUGUAUGGAAGACCAUUUCCACCAGAAAAAGACCCAGUGAGUCAUUAUAAUGAGAAACUUUCUCAAAAUAAAGUUAUUGUCUUAAAAAAUGUCUUAAUAUCUCAAAAAAAAAUGACUUAGUAUCUUGAAAUUAUGAAGUAGUAUCUCAAAAUACCAAGGUAAUUUUGCAUAAUAAUGACUUUGUAGUGGAAAUGAGAGUCUCAAAAAUAAUGAGGUAGUAUCUCAAAAUAAUGAACUAGUAUCAAAAUAAUGAGGUAGUAUCUCGAAAGUUGAAUUAGUUUCUCAAAAUAAUGAACUAGUAUCAAAAUAAUGAGGUAGUAUCUCAAAAUUACAAAUAAGUAUCUCAAAAUAAUGAGUUGCUUUCUCAAAAUAACGAUGCAGUAUAUCAAAAUAAUAAGUCAGUAUCUCAAAAUAUUAAAUUACUAUCUCAAAAAUAAUGAGGUAGUAUCUCAAAAUAACAAGCUAGUAUCCCAAAAUAGUGAGGCAGUAUCUCAAAAUGAGUUAGUAUCUCAAAAUAAGGAGGAUAUAGCUCAAGCUAACGAGGUAGUAUCUCAAAAUAAUGAUGUAGAGUCUCAGAAUAAUUCUUUAGUAUCUCAGAAUAAUGAGUUAGAGUCUCAAGAUAACAAGUUCGUAUUCCAAAUAAUGAAUAAGUAUCUCAAAAUAACAAGGUAGUAUCUCAAAAUGAGGUAAUAUCUCAAAAAUAAUAAAUUAGAUUCAAAAUAAUGAGAUAGUAUCUCAGAAUAAUGAGUUAGUAUCUGUAGUAUAGCAAGUUAGCAUUCCAAAUAAUGAAUUAGUAUCUCAAAAUGAGGUAGUAUCUCAAAUUAUCGAGUUAUCUCAAAAUAUUGAAUUAGUUUCUCAAGAUAAUGAGGAAGUAGCUCAAAAUAAUGAGGUACGAUCUCAAAGAUAAUGAGGUUAUAUCUCAUAAUAAGUUCAAUCCCAAAGUAAUGAUGUAGUAUCUCAAAAAUAAGUUAGUAUCUCAAAAUGAGAUUGUAUGCUAAGAUAAUGAGUAAGUAUCCCAAAAUAAUUAAUUAGUAUCUCAAAAUAAUGAGGUAAUAUUUCAAAAAAAUAUAUGAAAACUUUUAAAAAGAGCUUAGCCUCUCAAAGUCAUUGAGAUCUGCAAGUCAUUAUUUUGAGAAAGUUUCUCAUCGUACUGACUGACAGGAUCUUUUUCUUGGAUCACACUGGCAGAAAUGGGCUUCCACAGCUGAUGCUGUUAAAAAGGGUGAACUGAGUGUAUAGAAUGCAUUACAAAAAAAGACAAGUUUCUUCUUUCUGGUGGAGUUUCUUUCUGUUCUCUAACUUGUAUAUAAACUGUAACGUGAGACGCUGCCAGUACAGUACAUUUGUCAGUUAGUGUGUUUCACCUGUGAGUUUCCAUCAGCGUCAGUGGAGGUGAUGCCAAGAUUGGAUGUUUUACAUUUUGUUUCUUUUUUUUACUUGAAUAUUAAUUUUAUCCAUCACUCACAGUGCCAUUUUAACUUUAUCGAGGGCAAAGUGGCCGUGUAUAAACAUUUAUUUUUCUAUGUUCAGUCACAACUAUAUCAUUUUGAUCACUAUAUUCGGUGAUGCUGUCCAGCUACUGUAGCAGAGCUCUGAGAUUGCUUCGAGAUGUGAAGCAGAGGAAGGACUAACCUGUAUGUUUCAUGUUGUUUUCCAUUGUGUCGGAAUAGCUGCACUGAUUAGUUAUCAACAACUGUGAUGACUGUGAUGACUUAAUGAUUUCCGUCAUUGCUUUGAUUUUUACACAAGAGUUGCGAUCCAGAAGUAUCAACUAACCUUUACACUUGUUCUUUCAGUGGUUGCUGGUGUGGUGCUUUACAUUGGUGCUCAAUAACCAUAAUCACCAACCCAAACAACCUCAAACCAAGACUGCGCUACAAACUGCAGAAAUGCAACAAGGGAGUUUAGUCUCAUUACUUUGUUCCAGAGGGUGAACAUAUAUCAGAUUCAAUCACCUCUGCAUUUUAGUGAAUGUAGGCAACCCAGCGGUAAUGUACUAAAGCUCGAUUCAGUCUGCUGCUUACAGUAUGUUUUGUCUGUCUACACACAGAUAAACAGUCUGUGCUGCGUAUGAAUGACACCUGCCAACUGCAGUGAAGGAAUGAAUUGCAAUCCUGAGGUCUUAAAAACAGUGCCGAUAUAUGAAGACUUCUCUUCUGAUUUCUACUACUUUUGUAAAAUAAGAUGCCUGCUCUUGCAAAGUGAUUGUUGGUGCAAGUGAUGCCGGGUUCAGACUACACGACAUGUUUGCCCGUCCUGACGGUCACUAUGUCAGAUGAGGUGAUUACAGAGUCAUAAAAUCUUGCCUGGCGUGACAGACUACAAGUUAGUCCACGACCAGUCAUCUUACAUGACGUGUGUGAUGUCUAGUGUUCUUGUCCUAUUAUUACUAGUAGUACCUCAGUCCAGGCCCUUUGGCAAGCUGCCCGGCCUUGUCGCAAAUGUUCCCAGUGGCCAUUGCGGUAUUGCAGCCAUAAAAGCUUUUUUUCCCCCAUAGACCACCAUUGUAAAAGACUUGUCUGUAAAGCUGUUGACAGGACACCUCAAACUACAAACAAGGUCAAGUACGACUCUUUAUAUUCUGAAUUUUUGAGCCAUGCUGGUUUUAUAUUUGUAAAACUUUCCUCAAGCCAAGAAAAGCGAUUUAAAAAUCUGUCAUCAUCACAGUGUGUCUAUGAGCCAAGCAGGAACUUGUGGGUGCGGCCAACAGGAGAAUCACUACUGUGCAUAUUCAGUGGGCCAUAUACGACAGAAGGCAGGUGUACGUGCCAGGCGAGCAAUGCCAGUGGAAUGAAUAGGUGCCAUCUCAGUGUCUAGUAUUUAGGUAUUAUUAAUAUCUAUGUUUCAGUCACUGUGGCUGUUCAUGUCCCAGCCAAACUGUUUUUGUAGUAACGUAAAAAGUGCCGUCAGAUGACAGGAGCUAUAUUUGAAGUACCGUGCAAGUGACUGAAUUCUCCGCAACAAAUUCCUGCAAGUGUUUCACAAUAAAAGCCUGUUUAGAAAAUGAAGGAAUUCUCUCCACCGAAGUGAUGAGGGGCUUUUAAUUUCAAAUGGAUACAGGAAGUGUUGAGUUUGAAAUGACAGCAUGAUGCGUUAAAUUUAACAGGGCAAACAGGAAGGGAUUAAAAGUAGAAACAUACAGAGGGAAUGAGAAAUAAAGGCCUGUGUCUAAUGAAGUUUCAAAUAAAGUUGGUACCCUCUGUAGUUGUUGUAAGUAAAGGUUUAGACACCAUUUGUGAUUAUUAUGGCGAAUUAGCACUCUUUGCUAGCUUGAUGCUAACCGCAGUACUCAUCAGGUUGCUGAAGUGUCGCUGCUGUUUCAUGCCAGCAUUUUUCCUUUUUUACUCUGUGUGGUAACAUCUCAAGAGGACAUAUCCAAAAGGUUGGGGUAUCGUUGCCUCACAAUUGUCUACAGUGGCACAUCGCUGUGUUCUUAUUGGUCAAAGUGAUGAUGAUGAAAGAGUCGUGGAAGAAGAAAGAAAAAGAAAAUCAAACAUGCUAGUCUUUCUGUUGGAACGUUGUGAGGUGUCCCAGACAUGGCGUUGGUUGUUGUCGACUACGACACACUACACAGGAUAAAACGAUUUAUUAUCGCAAACGUCACUCACUGUCGUUCAUGAUCUGAGCUGACACCGAAGGACAGCUGCGUCAGGCUAAAAUCGGGCUGAUAUCCUAUAGUCUGAACCCGGCAUUAAAACCCGCUGUCAGAUACCACUGAAGCUAAUGUUUAUCUCAGAUGUUUGUAACAAGUCACAUAAACAAACAUAAUCAUAUGUACUUUGGGAGUAAUGGCCAUUGAACACAAACUUUUAUUUUGAAAUGACACAGACUUCCUGAUGUUGUGAGGGGGAUUUUAUCCAGCGGUAACAUUUUCAGGUUUCCACACAGAUCAGAAAAGACAACGACUCGGUCAUAUGAACAGUAUUCAUUGUGCAUGAAAGUAUCAUCAUUACAGUGAAUGAUUUGCCACUACAUCCCAUUCUUGAUUGUAUUUUUUCCAUCAUGAGGUAAUUUUUUGUGAGAAAACAACUUUUUCUACCUAACGUAUUUCUAGCUUUGCAUUCAACUUGUUUUUGUGUGUCGGAGACUGCUGAGGAAGGCUCGCUAGCAGUUUGUAUGUAAAGGAUUUAUUUAUACUUUUUUCAUAGAGAAAUCAUGAGACAACCACUGACGUGCAGAACUUUGUAAUGUUUACCACUUAACGUCUAGCAUUUCAGGGCAUCACAGGUCAAGGCGCCUUUCUUUGAUGUGUUUUCUUAAUGAUGAAAUGUGGGGGAAAAAAAAAAAUCAGUAACUUAAAUGUUCAUGGGAACAGAAUCCAAUAUUUGUCUUCUCCUCUCAGUUUGUACAUAUGUGUUCAUUGAAAUUUAUGUACAGUCUUUUUGUAAUAAACAGCUCAUUGAA